AUGUUCCGUCAGCUUGACAGUAUUUUGGCUUUGAUUCUAUCUUGCUCCUACCUGUUCUUGGAGAGUGACGGGGUGGAGGAGAGGCACCAUCUCACCAUGUCUCGUUACAGCCUCCAUAAUCUCCUGGACUGGAUGUAUGGCGGUGUGGACCCCAGUUUUGCUGGCAAUGGGGGACCAGAAUGUGCAGCCUUUCUCUCUGGGCAGCAGCGUUUUCUGGAGAGUAUGGUCUUCCUCAGUGUGGGUGUAGUGGAGAUCCUUCUGUCCCUGUGGAAGCUCAGGCAGCCACAUUCCAAGGAACUGGAGGGUCAUCUGCUUCAGCAACCCCAGACUAAGCAAGAGAGCUUGGGCAAGAAUGUGCUGCUGGUGGUGGUCUGUCUCAUCUUUGGACUCGAAGUGGGGUUCAAGUUUGCCACCAGGACUGUCAUUUACCUCCUCAAUCCUUGUCAUGUGGUCACUAUGAUUCAGAUUUUUCUUCUUGCCUGUCCUCCCUGUUGGACUGCAAUGAUUCUCUUCAGGUUGCAGAUGCAUAUGCUGAAUGGGGCGCUCUUGGCAUUGCUGUUUCCUGUAGUUAAUACACGCCUGCUUCCAUUUGAAAUGGAAAUCUAUUACAUCCAGCAUGUGAUGCUUUAUGUAGUGCCCAUCUACCUGCUGCAGAAAGGAGGUAUCUACACUCCCGAACCACUCUGCAAUUUCUGGUGGGCUCUUUUAUCCACGGGGUUUAUGUUUGUAUAUCAUUUUAGCAUCUUGCAGAUUCUGGGAUUGGUUACAGAAGUGAAUUUGAACAACAUGUUGUGCCCAGCCAUCUCAGAUCCUUUUUAUGGGCCCUGGUAUCGAAUCUGGGCGUCUGGACAUCAGACUAUCAUGACCAUGACUCAUGGGAAGCUUGUAAUCCUACUCUUUUACAGUGCUGUCCCCAUCUUUAAAUGUAGCAUGGACUUCCUUAGACUCCCAGCUAAGAAAAUAGACUGA